UUAGUCCGUCUGCCAUUCCAAACCCGCACCCAACGGAACAGCGAAUCGUCAUCUCGUCCGCGCGGAGCCGGCCGCGGAGACGAUGGCGACUAGGCGGUGGUGGAGGCGGCGCGACGGCGGGGACGAUGACGCCGACGACCUCGUUCCCUUGGACACCCAAGAGCAAGAGGAGCUGGUCCGGUCGCUGGAGCAGAAGCAGGCGCAGCAGAGCAGCCGUUGGAGGCGCGUCUUCGCGGGAUUCCUCCUGGGUUACGCGGCCUUCCUGGUCUACUCCAGCUUCCACCACGCCUGGUCUCCUUGGGAGCUGCGGUACCAUGCUUACUUCAUGGAAGAUUUGCCUGCACCAAUGGUCAUAAUUGCAGAUUGGAUAGCUGCCCUAGCAUGUCUCUUUGCCGUUAAAGGAUUACUACAGAAUUCAGGCCCAUCAAAGAAGUGGAUGUGGUAUUCAUGCUAUAUUGGCAUUUUGGUAGCCAUCUUUUGGACGUACUACAUCUUGAGGUUGCCAAGAAUUCGAUGGGAUGUGGCAUGGCUCCCACUCGGGCCUCUAAUAGCUGGUGCAUUGAGCCUGUACGUGGACCAUGUGCUUCUGGAGUCGAUGCACGAUAUCAGCACAUUGAGGAGUUACAUGUAUAACUUCAAGGCCUUGUAAUGUUAAGUAUAGUUUUCCUCACUCCUGUGUAGCUGCAUCUGCGGAAUAGGCUCCCGUAAUUUCUUCUUCACUUUUAGAACCCCCUUGGUACCGGAGUUGUGGAGGUCACUUGUCACAUGGGUUAACAUGAAUUUUCGACCUCAGUGACUACAUGUGCAUCAUUUUUUCUUUGUGAUGGAUGUAUGUACGAGCUGUGAUAUCAUUGGCACCACAACGUUUAACUCUAGCACCUGGUGAUGUUUGUAUGAAAUUUGAUGAUUUUGAUGGAGCGCUGACA